UUUCCUGGUGGAGGCGUCCUGCAGGUUCUGUCGGAUUCUGUGCCAGAAAGAAACGAGGAAAGGGAAAAGAAAGUGCUACUUUCCUUCUUGCCUUCGGUGUCAGAACCCAAGCCGGAGCAACCUGUUUGUACCUGGCCGCCUGCUUCGUUGGAGCGUCAAGCGCGCUCCACCUGCCUUUUCUUCUCCACCGCUUUGGAUUUGACCCUGGUCCCGGUUUCUCGCGUUUCCAGGGUGGGUAGGGGUCAAAAUGAUGCAGGAGGUGUCAGUCACCUUGUCCUGCGAUGCUCAGGUGGUGGAGCAAAUGAGCGAGGAGGAGAUCCUGGCCUGCCUUGUCGCUGAAACGGGACCACACUUUGCGGAGGUUCCAACGAAAAAAGCCAAACUGAGAGAAAGCCGUCUUCAACUGAUGGACGAGGAAGAGGAGGAGAAAGAAGACCCACUCAACAAAUGCCAGAUGGAGAACCGUCGUCUUCAGCAGACCAGCCUCCGUCUGGAGCAGGAGAAUGACAACCUGGCCUACAGGCUCAUCACCAGCAAAGUGGCCCUCAGGAGCGCCCUGGACAAAGCAGAGGACAGAGUGGAGAAGCUCACCAGCGACCUUUUUCUGACCCGACGCGAAUUGCAGGCCACAGAGGAGGAGAAGCAAGGGAAGGAGGAGGAGGCGACCAUGUUGAAGGAAGUGUUGCGACGGGAGCUGGAGAGGGCCGAGCAGGAAGUGAAGCGGUCGUCCGGCAUCAUCGCAGACUACAAACAGAUCUGCACUCAGCUCACGACGCGUCUGGAGGUGCAACAGGACGCACACUUGGAGGAGGUUCGCUCGCUCAAGAUCGCGGUGAUGGCCUGUCCGCAUUGUCGUCAUCACAUGGCUGAAUACCAAGAGGGAGAAACGUCGCCGUCACAUGACAACAACACGGUACCAAAGUGGGACCGGCGACACUCGGAUCCCAACGAGGCGGAACUUAGGCGGGAGAACCAGGAGACGGCAUCCCUCAAGACGCAGAUCAGGAAGCUAGAGAAGGAGCUGGCGCUGACAAAACUUCAAGUGGUAGAGGCCAACUGCAAGAUUCAGGAAUUGGAACACGAGAGGGGAAUCCUGGCCAACGACCUUCAGGAUGCUAAAAACAACUGGAUCAGCAAGGCCUUCACCUCGCUGCGCACGUAUGAAAUAAACAGAAAACAACAGCUGGAGUGAAUUACACGACGGAACUGGAUGCCAUUAUGCUGUGGGAAAGAUAAAUGUAUAAAGCUCAACAGAUUUCAUUUUAUUAGCCCAUGAUUGUCAAGGGCCACAAAAACAUUGAAUUUGUGCUGUCAACCUGGACUUUGUCUCCCUCUAGCGGACGAACUUAUUACAGUGCAACAACUCAAUCGACCCAUAAAGAUAUACUAAACUACGUUGGAUUAUAGUUCACGUCACAUCCCAACGCUGUCAGUCGAUGAUGAAUAAAGCCUAAUUAUGUCCCGAUGUCCCAAA